GCGCGAAUCGCAUCCACAACUCCUCCCCGACCACAAAUUGAGCCUCGUGCGUUACAGCUGCAGCAACCCCCCUGCUGCAGAGCGCCCACUCCCCCCAUUUCAGGACACGCGACUCCCAAUUCCCAAGGCGUGCCGACUGCCGACGAACCAGCGACGACGAUGCGAUACAGAACCGCAUUGAUGACCACCUGAGGGUUGACGCAACCCAAACAGCUCGGAACCUCGGCGACGACAGUAAAAACACGCAACGGGGGGUCAACAAUGGCGCCCACGCCAGAAGGGCCGGCCAGCAGCGGCGGCGGCAGCAGCACCAUCCGCGUCUUUGUCCGCUGGCACGACCAGACCGUCUUCGCCGGCGAGGAGGUGAAGUGCACAAUCACCUUCCGCAACGUCGCCGCCGCCCCGAACUCGGCCGGCCUCGGCCCCUCGUCGUCGUCGUCCGGGCCCGCCACCGCCUCAAAGCAGCACGGCGGCAGUGACCGGCGCAAGAGCCACCCGUCCCCGCUCCUCGUCGCCGCCCAGGCCAGGCAGGCCCAACAGCAGAUACAGCAGAUACAGCAGCAGCAGCAGCAGCAGCAGCACCGGCCAAAGACUCCGUCGGCGGCGGGCCUCGCCCCGCCCCUGGCGGUGACCCGCGGCCACCACAGGAGCAGCCAGUCCAUCAGCGGGGGGCCGCCGCUGGCGCGCAGCCGGUCCGGCUCGGUGACGUGGCCGCCCAGCAGCAGCAACGACGGCUCGGGCGGCGUCGCGGCGGCGGCGGCGGCGGCGGCGGAGGCGGCGGGCCAGCAGAAGCAGGACCAGCAGCAGCAGGGCAACGGCGGCCGCGGCCACCGUCGGUCUAUAUCCAUCGUCUCGCUCGGGUCGCCAACCCCGUCCUCGCCGGGCCAGAGGCACGACCAGGGCGCCGGCGGGUCCGGGUCCGUCAAGUCGCCGCGCCAGCACAGGGGCCACGGGCGGUCGUCGAGUCUACAGAUCAACUCGCGCAGCCCCACCCUCAACGGACCUCGCUCAGCCUCACAUCCCCAACGACCGCCCUUCCACCCACAGCCAUCGCCCCUCCUAAACGCUUCCUACCCGCCCUCCAACUCCUCCGGCCCCUCGACGACCCCAAACACGCCAGGCCUGGGCAUCGGCCUCGGCAGCGCGGUGCCCUCCCCACGGCCAACGCCCGAUGCCCUCUCAGGAUUCAAGUUCCCCGCGACCCAGACACCCCUGCUACAACAGACUUCUGAAGACGAUCUCACGACCCCCUUGGACGAGGACGCAACGCCGAUGGUGGGGGGUGUGGGCGGCCAGUCCCCACGCGGUGACAGCUACAAUUUCCACAACCAGGAGCAGCCGAUACCGACCAUCAAUGAGAGUGACGCCCUAGCAGGGGCGGCAGCAGCGGUGGCGCGGGUGCUCUCCACGUCAAGCAUCUCGGGGACACCCCGCAGCAGCACUGACGGGGGUUUCUACUCGGUCAGCAACAACUCGACCGAGACGCUCGCUUCCGAGUACGUCACGACAUUGCCUCACAGGACAGCCAGCAGUAGCAACAGCAGCAGGCCGCUCCACCUGCGGCAGCGUUCCAACCUCUUGGUUCACCACCACCGAACCAAAGCACCAGAGGCCCUCAUGAUGGGGUACGCGCAGAUUCAGGGCUCCUUCACGCUGGACGGCUCGCUCAUGGACCUCGCGCCGUUUGAGCAGGUGAAACGCAAGGCGGUGGUUGGCGGCCAGGGCGGCGGCGUCAUCGGCGUCGAGUCGCAGGCGUCGGGCGCCCGGCGCGAGAGCGGCCUGCUGCGGUCCUUUGGCUGGGGCAGCAUCACCAGCUCCAUCGGCGAGCUCCUGGGCGGCGGCGAGCUAAGCACCAUCAAGGAGAUGCGCGGCAUCGCCGGCGCAAAAGCCAUCCCGCUCCUCUCGACCCCGCAGUCCAUUCUGUUUGUCGACCUGCGACUAGCACCCGGCGAGAGCAGGACGUUUGAGUACUCAUUCCGCCUGCCCAAGGGCCUCCCGCCGACGCACAAGGGCAAGGCCAUGAAGAUAUCGUACAGCCUCGUCGUCGGCACGCAGCGGCCGGGCGGCGCAAAGGAGCAGCAGCUCAAGUCGGUCGACGUGCCCUUCCGCGUGCUGGGGAGCGUCAACAGCCACGGCGAGAUCCUGGGCCACGACCUGAUGGCGCCCUACGUCCUCCUCAAGGACCUCGCGCACGUGCGCACGCUCGAGGAGAGCGCCGUCGCGGAGCUGGCCAAGAAGAAGCCGCCAGCGCCGCCCUCGUCGUCAACCAUGGCCGGGUUCCUGGCCUACGUGGACGAGCUGGUGCACCGGCCGAACCAGGGGCCGCACCAGAGCCUACUCUCGCCCACGGUCGACCAGUCGGGCUACCGCCUCUCCCCCUCGCCCACGGCCACGCGGCGCUUCUCGGCGGCGUCGUCGCUGUUCGACGAGAUGGCGGCGCCCAACAGUCCCGCGGCCGACACGCCGGCCAAGGAGGCCAUCGACCUGGCCAUCCUGCGCAGCAACAUGACGUCGGCGGGCCAGCAGAGCGCCAACCGGUUCGAGAUUGCGCGCAACGGCCGGCGCGUCGGCGUCGUGACGCUGGCGCGGCCCGCGUGGCGCCUGGGCGAGGCCGUGACCAUGACGGUCGACUUCUCGCGGGCCCAGGUGCCCUGCUACGCGCUGCACGCGGCGCUCGAGACGGCCGAGCGCGUCGACCCGUCGCUCGCGCUCCGGUCCGAGGCCAGCGUGCACCGCGUCACGCGCAGAGUCUACGCCACUUCGUCCGAGGCCGCCAUGUACGCGCGCCGCAUCGUCUUCAACCCCACCAUCCCCGCCACGGCCACGCCCGAGUUCGUGACGAGCGGCAUCAGCCUCGAGUGGAAGGUCCGCCUCGAGUUUGUCGUGCCCAGCACCACCGCCGCCGCCGCCUCCAUGGCGAAUCACAUGCCGCCGCCGCCGCUGCCGACGUCGCCGCUGCCGUCCCCUAGUCCCAACAAUGGCGGCGGCGGCGGCGGCGGUGGCGGCGACAACUAUGUCGACGACGAGCAUGGCGGGGAUGAAGACGACGACAGCGACACGGGCAGCCUGCGGACGGAGCGCGCGCCCCUCACCACGCCGGGUGGCAACAGCAGCAGCAGCAGCAGCAACAGCUACGGCUACUACGCCGGCGGCGGCCAGCAGCAGCACUACCACCACCCGCUCCUCGAGGAAGUGGCGCGCGACGACCGCGGCGGGCUCGUGCUCGUCGCGGCCGAGACGCUGCCGUGCGAGAGCUUCGAGGUGGCGGUGCCCCUGCGCGUCUACGGCGCCGUCUGCUCCGGGCUGGAGAGGCUCGAACGCGACGAGGCCGAGUUCGGGCUGGCUGUAUGAGUUGGGGGGGCUCAUGACGACUUUUGUUGUUGUCUGUGGUUACCUUUUUGUAUCUGGGUGUUUUAUCCUUCUUGCUAGCCUUCUUUUCUACAUCGAGGUAUCUUUUUUUUUUAUUCCUUCUCUCUCUUGGAUAUGGACCUCUCUCUUUGUAGCCGGUUGGCUAGGGGGGGACGAGAAAAAAAAACAGCAAGGAAAACUCCUUGCGUUAUUAUCACAGGGGCAAGACGGGUGUUCAAGCGAUGCUUGGUCGAUUCUCAUGGGGGCGUCAGCGGAAAGAAACAGGGGAUGCGCAUAGACGUAUAAACACGACAAGCCCAUCUGACUGCUGCA